AUGGAAUUUCCUCCACCUCACAUCCAACCUUCUCAAUCGUCGCACACGCAUACGGUGAUACUGCUUCAUGGUCGAGGAAGUGAUGGUGAAGAGUUUGCCGAGGAAUUUUUCUCUUCAGCAACUUCAAAGGGCAAAAGCUUGGCCUCUUGUCUACCUUCCUAUCGUUGGGUUUUUCCAACCUCACGCGACCGAUGGACUACUAGGUUUGAAGAAGACAUGUGCUCCUGGUUCGAUGCUUACUCGCUGGAUGAUAUUCAGGAAAGACAGGAGCUUCAGAAAGACGGUCUCAAAGAGUCAGUCUUACACAUUGUCGAUAUUAUCGAAAGGGAAGCUAAGCUGCUUGAUGGGCGGUUUUCCGACAUCUAUCUCGGAGGUAUCAGUCAGGGAAUGGCAACCUCUGUGUGGGCAUUUUUUGCCGCAAUCGGACUAGGAAAGAUCCAGGAGCCACUGGGUGGCUUGCUAGGAUUUUGUGGCUGGUUACCAUUUGCCCAGCAGCUCGAGACUUUGCUAUCAGAACCCGCCGUCAGUGCCUCCCAGAGUUACCCGAUCCAGCAUGAAAUAUCAUCGUUCUUCUUUUCCCAAAUUGCGGGCGAUCGAACCUUUCAAAUUACCCAGGCACCGGACAGUUCCAUCUUAUCUACUCCGGUCUUCUUAAGCCACGGAAUAGAUGAUGUGUGGGUAUCUGUGGAACUCGGCCGACAAGCGUCUCAAAUUCUACACAAAAUCAUGGCACACGUUGAGUGGCACGAGUUCACUGGAGCGGAGAGUGACGGUCAUUGGGUUAAGGAGCCUGAAGGAUUUGAUCAGAUCCUCCUGUUCCUUGGGGCCUGA